UUUCGCUUUGAAGUAGCCCUCGCCAUUCCAUUAUUUCAUAUAUGUGAAGUGAACAAACAGCAGAUUUUCUUGUGAAUAAACCUGGUUAAUUUAAUUAAGAUAGUUAAAUCUUAACAAAUUAAAAAUGAUUAAGACAGAAAAUAUUUAUCAAGCGGCCCAUAAACCUGAGGAGCACCAAAAUGGUGGAGAGGUAGAAGUUGAUCACCUUCGCAAAAUGUUUAUUGGAGGUUUGUCAGCAGUAACAACUGAAGAGUCUCUCCGGAGUUUUUAUAAGCAAUGGGGCGACGUAGUUGAUGCUAUAGUUAUGCGUGAUCCAGCAACAAAGCGUUCCCGCGGAUUUGGAUUUAUUACUUAUUCUGACACGUUUAUGGUAGAUCGAGCGCAAGCGGCCCGUCCACACGUAAUUGACGGCAAGCAAGUAGAUUCGAAGCGUGCAUUACCUAAACCUGAAUUAGGUAAACCAGAAGCUAGUACAACGGUGAAAAAAAUAUUUGUAGGAGGUUUAAAAGAAAAUCAUGAUGAACAGGCUUUAACGGAACAUUUCUCACAAUUUGGUAAUGUGGUUGGAGUUAAAAUUUUAACAGACAAAACUACCGGACGCAAACGUGGUUUUGCAUUUGUGGAGUUUGAUGACUACGAUGCCGUAGACAAAGCAGUUUUACAUAAAAAUCAUACAAUUAAGUAUGUGUUGGUUGAUGUUAAAAAAUCUGUUUACAAACAAGAGUUAGCCAAGAAACGAGCCACUCAAGCACAGCAAGCAGGUGUGCCCCCAGGUGCAGCACCUGCAAACGGGUAUCAACAACCAGCAGCUCCAUAUGCCCAACAGCCUGCCUAUGGCUAUCCACCACAAAUGGGUCCACCGGCAUACAAUGGAUGGGGCGGUUAUCCCCAAGCUGCACCUCCCGCUGCUUAUCAACAACCUCCACCAGCAGCUCCCGUUGCUGGAUACGGUGCUUAUACAGCGCCGCCGCAAAACGGUGCAGCUCCGGGUUGGGGUGCGCCCGCCGCAUAUCCAGCUCCUACCGCUUGGCCUCAAAAUGGGUAUGCAGCAGCUCCCCCUGCCGCGGCCCCAGUACCACCACCUACAGCUGCACCUGCUGCCGCACCAGCCGUUAAUAGUUGGAAUGGAGCCGCCGCCGCACCUACUGUAGCUGCUCCACAAAAUUUUGGCGAUUACCAACAGUCAUAUAACGGUGGCCCGCAAAAGGCCGGCAGCUUACAAGGAAACCGAAUGAACCCUUAUAGUGUGUCAUCGGCGCCUAGUUAUGGCAUUUAAGAUGUAUGCUUAUACAUAACAUUAAUGUACUACUACAUAGAUAACCAGAAUUAUUUUAAGAGAAACAAUUUAAAAAACAAAACAACCCAAUCCAACCCCAAGAAAGAAAGAUUUACAUAAAAUGCACUACGUACAUUACAUAGAGCAAAACAAAAGAACAAAACGCACUUCAUUAAGGAUGAUUUCCGAUAUUUAUAGUAAUUAAUAUAUGAACAUAUGUAUUUUAAAGCAAAUAACUUAAAUAAUACAUUCGCUGCUAUGUACACAUUAUUAUAUAGCGUACAAAAAUGAUAUAGUAGAUCGCUUAUCUAGAUGAUACUUAAUAUCGGAUAAAUAUUUCCAUAAAAGUCAGCGUGCUAACGUUUUGGUAAUAAAAAAAAAUAACAACAAAUACUGAGGCAAUGCAGUUCAAAAGCGACGAAAAAAAUAUUUGAACGUAUUCAGCACAACUUGGAUCAAAAUUGCAGACAGCAAUUAGAAACUCACCAGCAUUGAAACAAAUAUAGACAUUGAUUCAUAGAUUAAGAAACUUAUUUAAUAUUUCAGCACAGCUGUAAAAGCGCUUUAGAACUAGCAUGAAAUAGAAAACAAUUAUAACGAGAGGAAUAAUUGCUGUUAUACUUUGCGUUGCAAAUGAAUUUUGUAGGGUUUUGUUUUAUUUAAUAUUGCUUUGUAUUUCUUUUUUUUUACAUUGAACUAAUACAAGAGAACUGAACUGUUUGUUUAACAUCCAUGACAAAGAAGUUUUAGUUUAUAAAGAGUUAACAGCCUUUACUUUUGGCACUUUAGAAUUCCUAAGUGUAUGUUUUUUUUCCUUUUUUAUUAACACUUGCAAUAUUUUAAAUUAUAAAGAAGAACAAGUUCUCUUAUAGUGACUGCAAAAUUAAACAAAAAAAA